GUCGUCAACACCCGACCGACAGGCGGAGCACCGAGCUUGAGCUCUGGAGAGGAGACCGCUAACACACAGGGAGGGGAUGCGUGCGCACAGAGCCUGUAGUCACCUACACCUCAGUGGCUCACGCUCAUCAGCCGUGUUAUUAUCGCGGGGUGUCUGACUGACCGGCCGAAAGAAAAGCGCACCGUGAACCUGCCGGAGCCGCUCGCCGCGGGGGGACCGUGAUCAUCAUGAAUCGCUCGCCGGACAGCAGGACUUGAGAAAUCACCGAAAUUGUCCCUCAUAGUACACACAGAAUUUCCUCCACUUUCUUUCACCUGGAAUUGCUUUAACACUAGAACUAGUCAUGUUGUGGAAAACGGGACUGAUUUUUCUGUGCUGGGGCUUGACGUCCGGGGAACUCCAGGACAGGCAGUCCGGUACUCCUGCUGCUCCAGCGCGGCGAACUUUGGAUUUCGGCUUCGUCCCCUCCGGAGUUUACGACACCGUCGCCUAUUAUGAACCAGGGGCGAUUGGGAUUUUAUUUAACAUGAUGCACGCUUUCCUCUAUGUGGUUCAGCCCAACCCGUUUCCUGAAGAUCUCGUCAUUAGAGUGGCAAAGGAUAAAUUCGGAGCCAUACAAUCCGAAUACCAGAAGCCAGAAAACAUUGUUCUGACGCUACAGGUGAUUUAUUAUGAGAUUGGUUUUGUGGUGUGCGCGGCAGUGGGCCUGCUGUUCACCGUGCUGCUGCCGCUGGUGGGGCUUCUCUUUUGUUUAUGCCGCUGCUGUGAUAACUGCGGAGGAGAGAUGCACCAGAGACAGCGGAAGAAUGCGGACUGCCUUAGAGGACUGCUUACCACGCUGUUACUCACCACCACCUUCAUUAUCACGGCAGGGGUCCUUUGUGCAUAUGGAGCCAAUCAGAACCUGAGUUCUCAGUUGAAGAGCAUGAGGAGGCUGGUGAAGAGUAACCUGAAAGAUCUGCAAACCUUCGCCAAUCAGACCCCUGCACAAAUUGAUUACCUGAUCUCUCAAUAUGGCACCGUGAAACACCACGUGCUGUAUGACCUGGAGAAUGUAGGUCUGCUCUUGGGUGGAAGGAUACAUGAGGAGUUGGGAAAAGACGUGCGGCCCGCCCUCAACGCGGCUCUCAGCAUGACUGGAACAAUGCGAGACACUAAGGAUGCUCUAGAGAAUGUGAGUUUGACCUUGGAGACUUUGCAGGAAGGUACAGCCAAACUGCAGGCCAACCUCAGCCUGGUGCGCGGCAGCCUUAACAACGCCCUGAACGAUCCUGUCUGCACAGAUGCACGCUCAUCAGAGAUUUGUCGCAACAUACGUAGCACCCUUCCCAGGCUAGAAAUCGCAGCCAACUACUCAUCGUUGCCUGAUGUGACCAACCAGUUAGACAAAGUGAAUGAAGUUCUAAAGACGGAUCUCAGACAGAUUGUGGAAAAGGGCUUUACAUCUUUCAAUGACACUCCCACUUUGGUAACAGAUCAAACCCGGAAUAUUGUGGAAGGGGUAAAGGUUCUGCUGGACGACAUAGGAUCAAACAUCACCGGUUUCACCAAGCUCUUCCCAGUUCAUAGCUCUCUGACCAACUUCACCAGAAUGAUCUCUCACACACACUCACAAAUCGAGGACAUCUACCCUCAGGUCGAUCAGAUGGAUUUCUACAGGUGGAUCUGUUGUAUUACCCUGUGCUGUAUGGUUGUGCUUAUCCUCGCCUUCAAUUUUCUGGGUUUGUUGUGUGGUAUUCUGGGAUUCGACAGGCACGCGACUCCAACCACGCGUGGCUGUGUCUCUAACACAGGUGGCAACCUGCUCAUGGCUGGUGUGGGCUUCAGCUUCCUGUUCUCCUGGGUGCUCAUGGGAGUAAUAACAGCUCUGUUUUUGGUGGGUGGGAAUCUUGAAAAGCUUGUGUGUGAACCCUUUCAAACCCGACAGCUGUUUAAGGUGUUAGACACGCCCAACCUGGUCAACUCUGCUUGGAAAAACUUCAUACCAGGUUACCUGUACAAUGACCCUGAGAUGGACCUUACAGCAUAUUCUCUCUACAGUAAUUGUAAGGACAACAGAGGGAUUUACUCAGCUCUUCAUCUGGAUAAGAUCUUCAACAUCUCAGCCUUCUUUAACACCAGUGUUUACUCCAAGGAUGUGUCGAGGAAGUUUGAAGGGUUAAAGGUAGACCUGCGUGGCAUCAUUCUUCUGGAGUCAGAAGGCAAACAGAAUCUCAACAGCUUCACUGAAACUGGCAUUAAUGAGAUUGACUUUGCUGCCUAUUUGGAGGAGGUUAAUAAAGGAGUAACUCGCAUUAAUCUAGUUGAUUUCGCUAGUCAACUUGACGCUCAAGCUGAUCAGUUGUCUAAAGGGACCUUGCAGACCUCAUUAAAGGGACACGCUAAUACUAUAAGGCAGAUCCAUAUUCAGCAAGUCAUCCCACUGGAGCAGUCCAUGAAAUAUGUGAAAGCAAGGAGCACACUUAAUCAGAGCAUCAGACUUCUAGAAAGGACGUCCUCAGACCUGCCUGUCAGAGUUAGAGACGUACUAGAAGCCAUUGAUGCCGCCCAGUUCCUGAUUUCCCAAAAUGCAACAUUUGUGAUCGAUCAGGAAACCGAGAAAUACAAGCAGACUAUUAUUGGCUAUUUCAAGCAGUAUAUCGACUGGAUCAGAACAUCUCUGGCCCUGGAGGUCGCUACCUGUAAACCAUUCAGCAACAUUGUGGACACGGCCGAGAUCCUAGGCUGCAGUUUCCUGCUGGAUUCAAUGAACACAUUCUGGUUUGGAUUGGGCUGUUCCACACUGUUUCUGCUCCCUAGCAUUAUUCUGUCUGUCAAACUUGCCAAGUUCUACCGCAGAAUGGACACAGAGGAUGUCUAUGACGAUUCCUCUGUCUCAGGGACUUGGCAUUUCACGUUAUGAUAACCAUUCUUGCUAUUUCCAUCUUUCUUCAUUCUUCGUCUUUCUGUCCAGCACUUUGCACUUUAUCAGAACUACGUGUAAAUAUUGUACAAACAGUGUUUUGAGCAUUCAUGCGUUUACAGUCAAGAAUCAUUGCGAUUGACAAGUCACCAAGUGUCUUGACCAGAGACGUCCAUUUUGACAUCCGCGUGAUGUCUCUGCGCACCGCUACAGUGCAUCUCUGUAACAUUUUUGCUUGUCUUGUAUCUUUUUAGCAUUGAGACAAUUCCCAUGAAAACGUAAGAUGUUUUUUCCCUCAUACUUUUGCUGUCGACUUUACUGCUGAAAGACAUCCCUUUCCUGUUUUGUACAUAAAACUUUCUGCUUAAUGGUGCUGGUUUAAGCUCUAAGCCUUGGAAUGCUUCUUCGGUGAAGGGCGCUGCUUGUGUUGGUGUGUUAUCUUUGGAGCUCCCUUGUUUAACAUGAAGGGCUGUUAAAACAGAGACCGUAAGAGCACACCUCAAAACUAUUGCUGUACAUUUUACAAGAUACGAUUGCAAUUUAUACCGUUUCAUACUCUAUCUUGCGUGUACAUUUUUCAAGAACGCUUUAAACUGAAGCUUAUUCAUAGUCGCAUGCCAUUUCUCUCAUGUCACAUCUUUUGUUUUGUUUGAUUUUUGUCUAUGUAAUGUUUUAUUUCAGUAUGGAAAUUGGUAAUAAUGGUUAUUAUAAUGAACAUAUAGAAGGUAUCCAAAAUCCUGUUAUGGCAAGGUAAUCAUAAGCAUAUCCCCAUACACCCUGCGUGUGUUACGCUAAUAAACUGCAUGCAUUGGGGAAACAGAUCGAUUGAGGUGAUAAUGAGGUGUCAGGGCUCCGAUGCAUGCGCAGUUUGAAGUUGCCCUUUGCACAAACAAGCCUGGGAGUCUGAUAUCUAAUUUUUUUCUUAAACUAGUGCUUGCAUGCUGGCUAACUCAACAGGAGUAAUGCAGAAGUUGUGCUUUGCACUUUUGCAUGAUAUUCAAAUUCAUAUUGACACUGGAUGCAUUAAAUAUUGCAGGAUUUAUUGGCUGACUAAAUUUGUGCGUUCAAUUUUUUUUUCUUGCAUGGCUUCUCUAUUGGCUGCUAUGGCUGAAAAUGGUCUUUCUCUCUAACUCAUCACUAAUGGCAUGUGUUUCAACAGCAAAACAUAACGGAGGUCAGGACGGUGGGCUAGAAUGACACAGAGCUUGUACACAUACAAACUUUAAAAAAAAAACGGGAUAGAUGAGAUUUUUUGAUUUUUUGAUGUUUUUGAAAGAAGUGAACAUUUAUUUAAUCAAAAAUACAGUAAAGACUGUUAUAUUGUAAAAUAUUAUUACAAUUUAAAAUACAUGGUUUCUAUUUUAAUAUAUUUUGUGAUACCAAAGCGGAAAUUUCAGCAGUCGUUACUCCAGUCUUGAGUGUCACAUGAUCCUUUAGAAAUCAUUCUGAUAUGCUGAUUUGCUGCUCAAGAAUUUUUUUUUAAUCAUGAUUAAUGUUAAAAGCAGUUGUGCUGCUUAAUAUUUUUGUGGAAGCUGGGAUACAUUCAUUUUCAAGAUCCUUUAAUAAACAGAAAGUUCAAAUAAACAGCAUGUAUUUGACGUCUUCUGCAUUUUAAAAAUACAGAAGUAGAUUACAAGAGAACUAUCUUCUGUAAUUUAAAAGAAGAUUUAAAAGAAAGAUGCAUUUUUUGCAUUUAUGCACAAAUAUUAUAAACCUAUGAUACUUUUCUUUCACAUUUUCAAGUGUGGAAUUAUGAAAGCCCAUUUCUGCCACUGAAUUAAAAAAAAGUUAUUGCGACUUUUUUUUUAUCUCACAAUUCUUUUUUUCUCAGAAUGGAGAUAUAAACUUGCAAUAGCAAGUAAAAUCUGAAUUGUGUAAUAUAAACUAACAAUGACUUUUUUUAUUAGAAUUGCAUGAUAUAAAUUUACAGUUGCUAGAAAUGAAGUCGGUAUUGCCAGAUAAAAACUUGCAAUUCUUACUGUUUUUUGCAAAUGCAAGUUUAUAUCUCACAUUUCUAACUUUUUUCUCAAAAUUGUGAGAUAUCAACUCAAAAUUGUGAGUUAUAAAGUCAGAAUUGUGUAAUAAAAACUUGUAUAAGAUAUAAACUUGCAUUUGCGAAAAACAGUCAGAAUUGCAAGUUUUUAUCUAGCAAUACUGAGUUUAUUUCUAGCAAUUGUAAAUUUAUAUACAAUUCUAAGUCAUUGUGAGUUUAUAUCUCACAAUUCUGACUUAACUUUUAAUUGCAUGUUAUAAAGUCAGAAUUGUGAGAUAUAAAAAUGCAAUUUUUAAAAAAAUAGUCAUUUUCGAGAUAUAAACUCACAGUUCUGAGAAAAAAGUCACAACUGAAUUUAUAUCUCGGAAAUCUGAGAAAAAAAAGUCAGAGUUGCGAGAUAUAAACUCACAAUUGUGAGAAAAAAGUCAGAAUUGGACGAUAAAAAGUCGCAGUUACUUUUUAAAUUUUUUAUUCAGUGGUGAAAAUGGGCUUUCAUAAGUAUUUGCUUAAUUUUAAUUGAAAAUUAAAUAGUGAAAUAGUGAUACUAGGAAGUGUGCUGUAGGCGAUAACAAAGAAUUUCUAAUUGGCUGAUUGAUUCUUUUUUGAGCCUAGUGCUAUCAUAGUGAUUUCUGUCAGGUGGUUGGAUAUUUUAAUUUGAUGCGUUUUAAAUAAAAAUCACUUACAGCACUUUUAAUUAUUAGUAUUAGAGCUAUAUGUGUCAUUUUGAAGGCCCUGUCCUGAUCCUCUGUUGAUGGGUUAAAGAUGGAUGGAGAGCUGAUGGGGUGUAUCUCAGUGGUGCAUGUGAAUUUUAAAUACACUCCAUGCCUGACAGUUUUUCCCUUUGUGCCUCAAGCAUCCCUACCUAUGACACUAUGACUCGAUUCCCACGGGCCUCUGCGCCCCCGCGCCAUGCCGACUGGUGACUCUGAGGACUACGGUCUGUUUAAAAACUACAGAAAGUGAUAUUGGAAACUGGAAUUAAACCUUUGUUGAAU